AUGCAGGUAUAUAGAGUUUCAGAUAUGGAACUUGUGAGUGUGCUUCCGAGUGCAGAAGAUGAGGUCAAUGUAGCUUGCUUUCAUCCUCUUGCUGGAGUUGGUCUUUUUUAUGGAACCAAGGAAGGAAAACUUAGAAUCCUUCAGCAUGAUGGUGGUCAUGCGCCCAUACAUGAUCACUUUUUUGAAGCAAGAGCAGUUGAGGGAUCUUCAAUAAAGUAUUUGCUUAAAUACACAAAUAAGGGUCCUGAUAGAGCGACAGUUGCUGUUGUACCAGCCAACAAUGAAUGUGAAAAUAACGAUGUUGUCGAUGAAAUAGCUGAAUAUUACGAUUGUAGAUAUUUAUCAGCAUGUGAAGCAUCAUGUCGAAUUUGUAAAUAUGAUGUUCAAUGCAGAUAUCCUUCUGUGGUCAGACUACCUUUUCAUCUUCCAAAUCAACAACAGAUUGUAUAUGGCAAAGACGAUGAUAUUGACAAUGUUCUGGACAAACCUUCUGUUGCUGCUUCAAAGAAAGUAGGAAAAGCCAUUGGUAGAAUUCAUUCGGUUUCACCUAAUCUAGGGGAAGCAUAUUUCUUAAGGAUUCUUUUAAAUAAAGUAAAAGGUCCGACGUCAUUUGAUGAUAUUCGCACGGUAAAUGGUGAAACACAUUCUUCUUUUAGAGAUGUUUGUUAUGCACUCGGGCUAUUAUAUGAUGACAAGGAAUACGUUGUUGCAAUUAAAGAAGCAAAUCAUUCUGAUCUGAGGUCGUUUAGGAAAAUACAAGGGAAUAUUUGGCAGAUAGAAUUCUACAUAACCAAAGAUAAAGAUUUAAAAUUAUCACUCGGUGUAGAUGAACUUAAGAACUUAACUUUUUUCGAAAUAGAGCAAAUUUUACUUCGAAACAACUCCACUCUCAAAAACUUCACAAAGAUGCCAUACCCAGAUGUUGAAUCUGUUUCUUCUUCAAACAAUCAACUUAUCACCAAGGAGCUAGAUUACGACAUUCCCGUUAUAAAGAUUAACUUUGAUCGUAUGUUUCUUGCAUUAAAAAAUGAGCAACGUAACAUUUUCCUUAAAAUCAUGAGUGUUGUUAAAGAAAAUAAAGGAGAUGUCUUCUUCGUUUAUGGUUAUGGUGGAACGGAUAAAACUUUUUUAUGGAAGACAAUAUCUGCAGCAAUUAGAUCUGAUGGUAAUAUUGUUUUAAAUGUUGCUUCAAGCGGUAUUGCUUCCUUAUUAUUGCCCGGUGGUAAAACAGCACACUCUCGAUUUAUACUUCCAUUUGAACUUUCAUAG